AUGGCCGGCGCGGGGGCACGAGCCCCUCUGGGUCGGUGCUGGGCCGGAGGGAAGGGCAACGGGCGGCCCUGGGCACUCGCCCUCACGCCCUCUCUGUCCUUCACGCCUCCAGGUUUCACACGAUGGCUGUCCUCCGCCAGCCCGGCUCCUCGCCUCUGUGUGGUGGGCAGCGGGCCCGCCGGCUUCUACACGGCUCAGCACAUUCUCAAGCACCACGGCGGGGCCCGAGUGGACAUCUAUGAGAAGCUGCCCGUUCCCUUCGGGCUCGUCCGUUUUGGGGUGGCCCCAGACCACCCCGAAGUGAAGAAUGUGAUCAAUGCCUUCACGCAGACGGCACGCUCGGAGCGCUGCGCCUACUACGGAAACGUCACCGUGGGGAGGGACGUCACGGUGGCAGAGCUGCAGCAGGCUUACCACGCCGUGGUGCUGAGUUACGGUGCUGAAGAUAACCGAGUCCUGGGGAUCCCAGGGGAGAACCUCUCCGGCGUUCAUUCGGCCCGAGCGUUCGUGGGCUGGUACAACGGGCUGCCCGAGAACCGGGAUCUGAAGCCCGACCUGAGCUGUGAGACGGCGCUGAUCCUGGGUCACGGCAAUGUGGCGCUGGAUGUUGCCCGGAUCCUCCUGUCCCCGCUGCCUCUCCUCAGGAAGACAGACAUCACUGCCGGCUCCCUGGCAGCGCUCGCCUGCAGCAAGGUGAAGCGCGUCUGGCUGGUUGGGAGGAGGGGACCUCUCCAAGUUGCUUUUACUAUCAAGGAGCUGCGGGAGAUGAUAAACCUGCCCGGUGCCAGACCUGUCCUGAACCCUGCUGACUUCGCAGGCCUUGAAAAUGCUAUUAAAGAUGCUCCCAGGCCGAGGAAGCGACUGACUGAGCUGAUGAUCAAAACAGCCCUAGAGAAGCCUGGGGAGAAGAUGACGGAGGUGCAGGCAGCAGCCCCCCGGGAGUGGGGCCUGAAGUUCCAGUGCAGCCCCCAGGAGGUGCUGGCCACCGCUGACGGGAGGCAGGCGAGGGGUGUCCGCAUGGCCCUGACCCGCCUGGAGGGCUCGGGUGACUCCGCCAAAGCCGUCCCCACUGGAGAUGUGGAGGAGCUGGAGUGUGGGCUGGUGCUCAGCAGUAUUGGCUACCGGAGCCUGCCCCUGGACCCAGCGGUACCCUUCGACAGCCAGCGCGGCGUUAUCCCCAACAGCUCAGGCAGAGUGGAGGGCGUCCCAGGUCUGUACUGCAGCGGGUGGGUGAAGAGAGGACCCACGGGCGUGAUCAUCACCACCAUGAACGACAGCUUUGACACUGCCCAGUCGGUGCUGGAGGAUCUCCAGGUGGGCGUGCUGGACGCGUCCGCCUCCAGAGAAGGCUUUGGGGCUGUGGAGAGCAUCCUGCACAGCCGAGGGGUCCGUCCUGUUUCCUUCUCGGACUGGGAGAAGAUAGAUGCUGCUGAAGUGGCAAGAGGCAAAGCUGCUGGAAAACCCCGGGAAAAGAUAGUGGAUCCUCAGGAGAUGCUGCGGUUGAUCGGUCACUAA